AUGGCGAAGGAGGAAGGGAAGCGCAAGGCCCAAGAGAAGGGGAAGGGCAAGGCUGAAGACGUCAAGCAGGCCAAUGGCGUCAAUGGCAAGCUCAAGGAUGAGUUAGAUAUGCUCGUGGAGCGGUUACUGGAGCCCGACACAUCACUGCACAAGCCCGCGCUGGAGGCCAUCAAGACCAGCAUCAAGACAUCUACGAGCUCGAUGACCGCAGUACCAAAGCCGCUCAAGUUCUUGCGACCGCAUUAUGAGAAGCUUACGGCAGCGUACGAGAAGUGGCCCAAGGGCGCAGAUAAGGACUCGCUGGCGGAUACGCUAUCCGUCCUUGGUAUGACAUACUCCGACGACGAAGACACCCGAGACACCCUCAAAUACCGCCUCCUCGCGCCUUCCACAGAUCUAGGCUCUUGGGGUCACGAAUACAUGCGCCAUCUGGCUCUCGAAAUCGGCCAGGAGUACCAGAAGCGACUAGAUGACGAAAAGGACACCGAGGACAUCGUCAAUUUGGCGCUGUCGCUCGUGCCCUUCUUCUUGAAGCACAACGCAGAAGCCGAUGCCGUCGACAUCCUCUCAGAAUUGGAGAUGAUCGAGCAAUUGCCGAAGCAUCUGGACGAGAACACAUAUGCCCGAGUCUGUCUUUACAUGGUGACCAUGGUCCCUCUGCUCACAUAUCCGGACAAUGAUCGCUUCCUUCGAACGGCUCACGAAAUCUACGUCCACUAUAAGCAGCUCACACAGGCGAUCUCUCUUGCUAUACGAUUGAAUGACAUGGAGCUGAUCAAGUCCGACUUCAACGCUUCGCCCGACAAAGCUGUAAAGCGACAGCUUGCAUUCCUCCUCGCGAGGCAGCGAAUAUGUUUGGACCUAGAGGGUGAUGAUGCAGAAGACAACGAGCUGCAAGAGUGCCUGAACAACACCAAACUUCCCGAGCACUUCAAGUCCCUGGCUAAAGAGCUGAAUGUGCUCGACCCCAAGAUGCCCGAAGACAUCUACAAGUCACAUCUGGAGUCAAGUAGGACAGCUGGUCUGACGAAUACCGACUCCGCGCGACACAACCUCGCAUCCGCUUUCGUCAACGCAUUCGUCAACGCCGGUUUUGGAGAAGACAAGCUGAUGCUUGUCGAAGGAGGCGUCAAGGGAAGCUGGAUAUGGAAGGUGAAAGAGGAGGGCAUGAUCUCCACUGCAGCGUCGGCUGGUAUGCUGAUGCUGUGGGACGUGGAGAUGGGUCUCGACAGAAUCGAUGCAUACACAUACGUCUCCGAAGACCAGAUAAAAGCUGGCGCAGCGCUUGCCAUGGGUAUUAUGAACUCCGGCGUGCGCUUGGAAAGUGAUCCUACCAUGGCUCUGCUUGGUGACCUGGAGGGCAAGUCUGUGUCCGAGAAGGUUGCCAGAAUCAUGGGCUUGGGCUUGGCAUAUGCUGGCUCGAACAAGGAGGAACUUCUGGAGCUGCUUCUGCCCGUCGUUGCAGAUACUGGACUCGAGAUGCAGCAGUCAGCCAUGGCUGCAUUGUCGCUUGGUAUGGUAUUUGUGGGCACUGCCAACUCGGAUGUCAGCGAAACCAUCAUCCAGACAUUCCUCGACGAAGACAGGAACAAGCAGCUCAAGGACAAGUGGACCCGAUUCAUGACUCUCGCCCUUGCACUUCUUUAUUUCGGCCAACAGGAAGAGGUUGAUGUCAUUCUCGAGACGCUCAAAGCCAUCGAGCAUCCGAUGUCCAAGCCAGCAUCUGUUCUUGCAGAGAUUUGUGCGUGGGCAGGCACAGGCAAUGUGCUGAAGCUGCAGCAAUUGCUCCACAUCUGCAACGAGCACAUCGAAGAUAAAGAUGACGAUAAGGACGAUGAGGACAAGGACAAGGAAGAUGGUGGUGAGAAGAAGGACAAAGCUGGUGAGCAGCUCGUCCAGGCCUAUGCCGUGCUGGGUCUCAGUCUCGUGGCUAUGGGCGAGGAAGUCGGUCAAGAAAUGGUCCUUCGACAAUUCGGUCAUUUGAUGCACUACGGUGAAGCCAACAUUCGGAAAGCUGUGCCUCUUGCAAUGGCUCUGAUCAGCCCUUCAAAUCCGCAGAUGAAGGUCUACGAUACGCUUUCAAGGUAUUCGCACGACAACGACAUCGACGUUGCAGUCAACGCCAUCUUCGCGAUGGGCAUGCUCGGAGCUGGCACAAACAACGCUCGUCUUGCACAGCUGCUUCGACAACUGGCAUCUUACUACCACCGAGAUCCCAAUGCGCUCUUCAUGGUGCGCAUCGCUCAAGGUUUGCUCCACAUGGGCAAAGGCACGCUCUCCAUCAAUCCCUUCCACACCGAUCGAUCGGUCAUGUCGCGAGUGGCAGCCGCCGGUCUUCUUAUUGUGGUGCUUUCGCUAGUGGAGAAUCCCAAGUCCUUCAUCCUUGGCGACAACCACUACCUGCUGUACUACCUCGUGACGGCCAUGCAUCCUCGCUUCUUGGUGACGUUGGACGAGGACCUCAAGCCGCUGCAGGUGAAUGUUCGCGUUGGACAGGCUGUGGAUGUCGUUGGCCAAGCUGGUCGUCCCAAGACAAUUACUGGCUGGCAGACUCAAAGCACUCCGGUCUUGUUGAGUUACGGUGAGCGUGCCGAGCUGGAAGACGAAGAAUGGAUCUCGGUGUCGAAUGUCAUGGAAGGCAUUUGCAUACUCAAGAAGAACCCAGACUGGGAGGCUCCGUAGGUUGGCGUUAUCUCCACUGGCAUGGCAAUCCCACCAGCGCCUGUUGUAGUCGUGUAUGCAUUGCAUUCAAUACAGGUGAACAAUGGGGUGAGUGAUGGGUCUCACGAUCACGCAAACUCUGGUCACGGCUUCCAAGCGGACAAUGAAUCUGGUGCCGGAGAAAUCGGAGAAACCAACGGCUCUCAGGAGGUCGACUGGGAUGCUCCCAUUGGCUUGUCUUAGGAAGAGUACAAGGCUUAUAUCAGACGAUGGUGUGCACGAUACACUCGUUGCGAUUGGGACUACCCUUACACAGAUUACCGUGGAGUGACUUUCUCAUCAGAACCGGACUGGGAACUGACACUGGAGACAUACCGGAGAGUGUACCAUGAUAAGAUAUUGGAGUACUACAGACAUCAUUCAGCAUAGAGGAUAAUCCGAAGCAGGCAUGGAAUCGCUGAGGUCUGCAGCAUACGUGUAGCGUUUCUCAUGUAGAAUAUCAUAAAACCACGCUCGUAUGCUUCAUG